AUGAUCCCUAUACGCAUGUCUUCUAGUCACACCACCCCUGGUGCUCAUGUCAAGUCUCUUGACUCUCGUCCACUCUAUCGUCAUCAAGCAUCUCUACCCAAACUGCCUGUUCCUACCAUCGAUGAAACAACUGCUCGCUAUCUGAAAACUGUUCGUCCUUUGUUAAACGACCAGGAAUAUCAGCAGACUGAGUCUGCCGUGGCUGACUUUAAAAAGCCAGGCGGUGUGGGCCAUGUUCUACAGGAGAGGUUGGUUGCUAGAGAUCAGGCAUGCACUACCAGCUGGCUGAUUGAUUGGUGGAAUGACUAUGCUUAUAUGAGCUACAGAGAUCCAGUUGUAUUGAAUGUCAACUACUUUUUCGCAUUCAAGGACGACAAGCUUCGCAAGAAUCCUGCUGCUCGUGCUGCUUCCAUCAUCACCGGUGUUCUUGCAUUUCGAAGCCAACUUGUCAGGUCUCAGUUGAAACCAGAUAUGGCUCGCGACACUCCUCUGUGCUCCCAUCAAUACAGAUACAUGUUCAACUCUACACGCAUCGCAGAGUUGAAUACUGACACUACUCGCCUCUCUGAUCCCAUUUCCAACACCCAUAUCGCGGUGAUGCGCAACAAUCAGUUCUUUAUCAUUGAAACUACCCAUGCUAAUGGUAGCCAACUCUCUACCAUUGAUUUACAAAAUCAAAUUCAAAAGGUGUAUGACAUGGCUGGUACCACAAAGGAUACUCCCAUUGGUGCACUUACUACUGAAAAUAGAGAUGUGUGGGCCAGCGCACGCAAGAAUCUCCUUGCAGUCUCUCAAACCAAUAAAGACUCUCUCGAGGCUAUAGAGACCGCCUCUUUUGUUAUCUGUCUUGACAACACCAAGCCAGUCACUAGAGAAGAGGUUUCGCGCGCAUGCUGGCACGGAGAUGGUUGCAAUCGUUUCUUUGACAAAAGUCUUCAAUUUAUCAUUUUUGAUAAUGGAAAAGCUGGGUUCAAUGGCGAACACUCGAUGAUGGAUGCAACUCCUACAUCGCGCUGCUGCGAAUUCGUUUGCAAGGGGCUCGAUCAAGGAACAAUUGAUUUAGGGUACAAUGUUCCUAGUUUGUCACUCCCUGAGCCAAAGAAACUCAAAUUCGACUUGACUCCUGCACUUGUACAGACCAUUGAAAUCGCCAAACAAAAGUUUGACAAGCAAACUGCCUUGCACGAUCUCCGUGUUGUUGUGUUUGAAAGUUACGGCAAAAAUCUGGUCAAGAAAUUCCAAGUGUCACCCGAUGCAUAUGCUCAGAUGGCUAUUCAGCUGGCUUACUACAAAAUGUAUGGUGUAUGCAAAGCCACUUAUGAAAGUGCGCAGACUAAAAAGUAUGCUUACGGUCGCACUGAAACCUGCCGUUCCGUAUCUAUUGAAUCAGUUGCAUGGGUCAAGGCUAUGGAAGAUCCACUUGUUCCUAUAAGUGUCAAAGGCGAGAUGGGACGCAAGGCUAUUGCUUCGCAAUCCUCUUACAUGGCUGCAGCAGUUGAAGGCCGUGGUGUCGAUCGUCAUCUCCUUGGUCUACGUUUUCUGAUCAAGGCUGAUGAACCUAAACCAGCUCUUUUUACCGACCCUGCUUAUGCCAUGUCGUGCCAUUGGAAUCUUUCAACUUCCCAGAUCACUUCAGAAUACUACGACGGAUACGGCUGGGGUCAGGUUGUAUCAGAUGGAUAUGGUAUUGCCUACCAAGUCAAAAACAACGCGUUCCAUUUCAACCUCGUCAGUCUCCAUCUAAACAAUGAGCACCUGCAUACGUAUCUGAUUGAAGCCCUCCACGAAAUGCGCACGGUAUUCGAAGCAACUGCACCUAUCCCCAAAGCCAAGCUAUAA